AUGACCACCAGUGUGUCCCCGGAUCUCAUCCAGACCGCUAUGACGUGGCGUAACACCCUUUACACGGCUUGCCAGGGAUGGACCGAGGUUGAUACUAGGGUGGGGAAACUUGGUGUUACCACACCGAAAAACUAUUUCCGCCCUAUCUGGCAUCACUCAGAUAGACUUGGUGACGUGUGGGAUCCGGUACGCACGACUGUGCAGGACCCGGACUUCGAAGAGGCGUCCGAGGUUUGGUUGUGCUCCGAGUUUAAGGCACCGCCAAUCAAGCCUAUUCAGGUAGAUGCGAUCCUGGAAGCCUUUAAAGAUGGGCCACCUCAAGAGUGGAGGGGGCCGCGGACGGCUGACGAGAGGAAACCUGGGCCACGUUUUGCUGGCACAGGCCACCCACCUGUGACUGAGUUACCUGCUAGUACAGGAGGUGGUGCUGCUAGUACAGGAGGUGGUGCUGCGAGUACAGGAGGUGGUGCUGCUAGUACAGGAGGUGGUGCCUCAUCAGCAAGCGGAAGUGGAGAUGGAUGGAAUACAGUAGUUGCUCGAGGAAAUCGAGGGGCCCGAGGGGGUCGAGGGGGCGCAUGGGGAACGGGGUGA